UCUAAUGACAAAACAGAAACAAAACUCAACUCACUCUGCUGCUGCUUCUCAGAGUGUGCUUGUUGUUGGUGAGAGAUUGAAAAUGGCAGAGGCGAUUUCUCAGGACGAAGAGUCUUUCAUUUGUCCAGUCUGUCUGGAUCUCCUGAAGGAUCCAGUAGCUAUUCCCUGUGGACAUAAUUACUGUAUGAGGUGCAUUCAUGACUGCUGGGAUCGGGAGGAUCAGAAAAGAGUCUACAGCUGCCCCCUGUGCAAACACACCUUCACUCCCAGACCUGUUCUCUACAAAAAUCCUCUGAUUGCUGAAAUGGUGGAGAAAUUUAGGAAGACCAGAAUUCAAGCUAAUCCUCCUUUUCACUGUUAUGCUGGACCUGGAGAUGUGGAGUGUGAUGUAUGCACUGGGAGAAAACUCAAAGCUGUAAAGUCCUGCCUGGAGUGUGUGCAUUCGUACUGUGAAACUCACUAUAAAGCUCACAAUGAACUUAAUCCUGGAAGAAACCACAAAGUGGUUGAUGCCACAGGUCAGCUACAGGAGAGGAUCUGUGCCCAACAUGGGAAGCCUUUGGAGAUAUUUUGUCGUACGGAUCAAAGCUGUGUCUGUUUUCUCUGUCUGCUGAAUGAACACAAAGGCCAUGACACUGUGUCCACCUCUGCAGGGAGAAAGGAGAAACAGACGCAGUUGGGGCAGAUCCAGAGGAGCUUCCAGCAGAGGGUACAGAAGAGAGAGAUGGAGCUGCAGGAACUGAGGAAGGCUGAGGGGACUGUCAGGAGAUCUGCACAAACAGCAGUGGAGGACAGUGAGAGGAUCUUCACUGAGAUGAUCCGCUCCAUUGAGAGAAGACGCACUGAGGUGAAAGAGCUGAUCAGAGCUCAGGAGAAGGCUGAGGUGAGUCGGGCUAAAGGACUCCUGAAGCAACUGGAGCAGGAGAUUGCUGAGAUGAAGAGGAGACAUGCUGAGCUGGAGAAGCUUUCACACACAAACGACCACAUCCAUUUCCUCAAGAAUGUUGUGUCAGCCACCAGUGCUCCUUGCAGUACAGUAACAACCAGCAAGACAUUCAGCCAAUCAAGUUUCUCAUUUGAGGCUGUGAAGGAAUCUGUCUCUGCAGUGAAGGCGCAGCUGGAAGAGAAACUAGAUGACAUCAUCAUGCAAGGAGUAGUCAAGAUAUCUGCAGCAGAUACUGAUCCAGAACUCCCAGUCAGAAGAACAAACCGCAUGGAAAUGGGAGGUCGCAGCAUGUUUGGCAAGACCCAAUCUGUGGUGGGCCAGCAGACCGAGUUGCGGCUGCAACGCAGCUGCUCACUGCCCAACACCGCCAGCAGGGUCAUGACCAAAGCCGUCCCCAUGCAUUGCACUGUGGACAGACAGAUGCUAUCCACUGACGUCCUGGAAUCCCCAGUGGAGUAUUGGGGUCGGGUGGAGGGCACCCACCUAGGGCCGAAGCUAUUAGAGGUGGUGCUGCAGAGUGGGCCAUGUGGGUUCGGCUUUUGCAUCGUCGACAGCCCGCUGGGCCAGAGGGUCAGUAAGCUCUUGGACGAGCAGAGCUGUUGUGGCCUGCUCAAGGACGACAUCAUCAAGGAGAUCAACAACUGCGACGUGCAGAUGCUCAGCCACACGCAGGUGGUGGGCCUGCUCAAGAAGGUGCCCAUAGGGGCCACCAUCACACUCUUGGUGAUCCGAGGAGCCUCGGCUGUGAACACUGUGAAUCUGGAUGUGUUCAUCACACUGCAUGAUGAGUCAGGCUUUGGCCUAAAAAUCUGUGGAGGAGAGAGACCCGGGCAGGCCGUGUACAUUGCGAUGAUCAUGCCGUUGGGAGCAGCAGAGCGGGAUGGCCGGCUUCAGGUGGGGGACGAGCUCAUCUGCAUCGAUGGCACAUCCAUUACUGGCUACUCACACAAGGAGGUGGUAGACCUCAUGACCAAUGCUGUCCACCUUGGUCACGUCAAGCUUACUUUACGCCGGUGA